AUGUUUGCCAUCCCAAAAAACCCAACUCCAAAACCUCUUCUGACUAAACAAACCGUGAAGGAGAUUGAGGGUAAAAUGAGAUGCCUUCGAAGCUUGAUGACCAACAAGAGAGCACAACCUCCAGCGCAUAUGAAUCAUCUUAUCGAUUUGAUGUGCUUCUUUCAAGCGAUGCUUCAGUGCAAGAACAUGCCAGCAACUGAUGAAAAUAAAGAGAAAUUCAAGCAUGGGCAGAAAGCGUGCGAUAGGAUGAUUGAGGUGGCGAUCCGAGUGGUCCCUGGAGGCGAGACACUCGAGGAAGCAUGGAAAGCGGUCAACGAGGCGGCCAAGGAAUUUAAAUCUAUUAAUAAAAUAUAA